GUGCAUUUCCACAGCUGCCUCCUUUAUAGGUCCCUGGUUCCCCUCCAAGACCUCGAGGUUUUGGCAGCUCUGCAGGACGAGGACAUGGCCAGGGGCCCUGACACCGCGCGGAGGUGGGCGACCCUGGUGGUGCUGGCCGCCCUGGGCACGGCUGUGACAACGACUACCAACCCCGGCAUCGUGGCCAGGGUCACCCAGAAGGGCCUGGACUACGCCUGCCAGCAGGGAGUGGUUACUCUGCAGAAGGAGUUGGAGAAGAUCACAAUUCCCACUUUUUCAGGAAGCUUUAAGAUAAAAUACCUUGGGAAAGGGCAAUACUACUUCUCCAGCAUGGUUAUUCAAGGAUUCAGUCUUCCCAAUUCCCAGAUAAGACCAUCGCCGGGUGAGGGCCUUGAUCUCACUAUCAGAGAUGCCAGUAUCAACAUCAGAGGAAAGUGGAAGGCACGAAAGAACUUCAUCAAACUCAGCGGCAAGUUUGACCUGAGUGUGGAAGGCAUCUCUAUUUUGGCGGGUCUGAAGCUGGGCUAUGACCCUGACUCGGGCCACUCCACAGUCACCUGCUCCAGCUGCAGCAGUCACAUCAACACCGUCCGCAUACGCAUCUCUGGCAGCAGUCUGGGGUGGCUGAUCCAACUCUUCCACAAAAGAAUCGAAUCUUCGCUCCAAAACGCCAUGACCAGCAAGAUCUGCGAGGUGGUGACUGGUACUGUGUCCUCCAAGCUGCAGCCUUAUUUCGAGACACUGCCAGUGACAACCAAACUAGACAAAGUGGCUGGGGUUGAUUACUCGCUGGUGGCCCCUCCAAGAGCCACAGCCGAUAACCUGGAUGGGCUGCUGAAGGGGGAGUUUUUCAGUCUGGCCCACCGCAGCCCCCCGCCCUUUGCACCCCCACCGAUGGCCUUUCCCGCCGACCACGACCGCAUGGUGUACCUGGGCAUCUCUGAGUAUUUUUUCAACACGGCCGGGUUCGUGUAUCAUGAGGCUGGAGCCCUGAAUCUGACCCUCAGAGACGACAUGAUUCCAAAGGAAUCCAAGCUCCGCCUGACAACCAAAUUCUUUGGAACCCUGAUACCCCAGGUGGCCAAGAUGUACCCUGACAUGCAGAUGCAGCUCUUCAUCUGGGCCUCUUUGCCUCCGAAACUCACCGUGAACGCCAGCGGCCUUGACCUCAUCUUUGUCCUGGACACCCAGGCCUUUGCCAUCCUCCCAAACUCCUCCUUGGAUCCCCUCUUCCUGCUUGAAAUGAACUUGAACCUUUCUGUGCUUCUUGGUGCCAAGUCCGACAGACUUAUUGGAGAGCUCAGAUUGGACAAGCUGCUCCUGGAACUGAAGCACUCAGACAUCGGCCCCUUCUCGGUUGAGUUGCUGCAGUCUGUCAUGAACUACGUUAUGCCCACCAUUGUGCUUCCGGCGAUUAACAGGAAGCUACAGAAAGGAUUCCCUCUCCCGCUGCCCGCCUACAUCGAGCUCUUCAACCUGGUCCUUCAGCCUUACCAGGAUUUCCUGCUGUUUGGUGCAGAUGUCCACUACAGUUGAAGACCCCAUGGGUGCCGGGGGGCUGUCAGUCAGGAGGUGCAGGGUUGUCAGCACCCGAUCCUGACACGCCCCUGGGGCCCAGGCUGCCCCCUCUCCAGCCUUCUCUCUCUAGCUCGGGACUCAGAGACUCUUGCAAACUUCUCUGAACUCAGAUUCAGAAAUGAUCUAAACAUGGAAACCUGGUCCUUUGGAAAACUGAGUGGUGUGUAUUUUAGGAAUUGUUUCUUUCAAGGGCUAAGGCUGCAGGGACAUUUCCCCCAGGAAUUGCAUUUCAAUGGUAAUCACAAUAUUUCUCUUUGUGCUUCACACAACAUUAAAAAACAAACAAAAAAAAUCUUUUUUUUCUGUGGAA